AUGACCAGGCUCUUUGUGCUGACCCCAGACACUGCAUACCCCACUGUGGCUGCAUCCAGCUUGCUUAUGACAGCCAAUGGGGCUGGACCCCAUAUCACCCAAGAGAAGACCCUGUUUCUCUACUCCAGAGCUUUCCAGAGUGCUGGCCACACCCUACACUCCCAAGUUAGGAGUCAGAGCUCUAGAGAUGCCUCGAUCCCAGGACGAGCUGGUGUGGCAGCUCCUGCAAAGCGGGCUAUGCCAGGCUCCCGGGCGGGUGCCGUAGCCUUGCCCUACCCUCUGAAGAAAGAGAAUGGUAAAAUCUUAUACGAGUGCAACAUGUGUGGCAAGAACUUUGGGCAGCUCUCCAACCUCAAGGUCCAUCUGCGUGUCCACAGUGGGGAGCGUCCAUUCCAGUGUGACCUGUGUCAGAAGACCUUCACCCAGCUGGCCCAUCUGCAGAAGCACCACUUGGUGCACACCAGGGAGCAGCCCCACCGGCGCCAGAUGUGCCCCAAGCGCUUCAGCAGCUCCGGCAACCUCAAGACCCACCUUCCCCUGCACUCAGGUGCCCAAUCGUCCCAGUGCAGCGUCUGUCCAAGUCACCUCACCCCGCACGUCUACCUGAAGCUGCACCAGAGGCUACAGGCAUCUCGGGAUCCUGGCCUGGCCCACACCCACCAGGCCCUCUCCUCUCUCAGCUACCCUGCCCAAGGAGCACUAGAUCUUGUGGGAGCACCGCCAGAGAAGAACACGGGCUGGGAUGCGCACAAGGUCAAGGUGUCCUCGCUCGCCCAGGGGAAGGACAAGGGCAGCCAGGCUGAGCAGUGUGCUAGCAUUUCUCCGCAAGAGGAGGGUUGAGAAUUAAAAGAUUUCUCUCAGUGCUGACUCAGGGCCUCCU